GGAUGGUGGAAGUGCAGGGAAGGGCUCGUGUAUAUAAAGAAAUCUAUAGCAGGUCACAAAAGUAAAGCGGACGCAACUAAAUCUUGAUGGCAAGCCAGGAGGUGAAGCUUUUGGGAUUUUGGGUGAGCCCAUUUUCCAUCAGGGUUGAAUGGGCUCUAAAGCUCAAGGGUGUUGAUUACGAGUAUAUUGAAGAAGAUAUCUUCAACAAGAGCUCUCGUCUUUUGGAACUGAACCCUGUUCAUAAAAAGGUUCCAGUCCUGGUUCAUGACGGUAAGGUGAUGGCUGAGUCGUUCAUUCUUCUUGAAUACAUCGACGAGACCUGGAAGCAAGACCCGUUAUUGCUGCCUCAAGAUCCUUAUGAAAGAUCCAAAGCGCGAUUCUGGGCUAGAGUUGCAGAAGAAAAGCUGCUGGAAUAUUCAUUUACUGCAAUGUGUACCCACGGAGAGAAGAAAGAACAGGCACUGAAAUCAGCCGUAGAGGCGGCGGAGAAGAUAGAGGAAGAGAUGAAAAGAAAUAACAAGAAGUUUUUGGGAGGGGAGAGCAUUGGAUAUUUGGACCUUGCAAUGGGAUGGAUAGCUUACUGGCUGCCUGUUUGGGAGGAAGUUGGAUCUAUGCAGAUCGUGGACCCUUCCCAAUUUCCUGCCACCACUGCCUGGUCAAAGAGGUUUCUGGAUCACCCAGUGAUCAAGCAAAACUUACCACCUAGAGACAAAAUGCUUGUUUAUUUUCACGAGCGCAGGAAAAUCUUGGGUGGUUUAGUGUAGCUAGGUUCGCAGUGUUUAUUUCAGUACGUGUGCGCUCUGUCGUACCUCUUAAAAGUUUCCAAUAAUAAUAUUACUGCUUCCAGCAAA